AUGUCCGAGAAUCUUGACAAUUUGUUCCUAAGCAUAGCUCAAAGCACGGAAGACGGAGUGCGUGGUCUUCUUGAUGCAUUCUUUGGCUUUCUUUCUCGCCGGACAGAUUUCUACUACGGUGCCACGGAGAAGGAUUGCAAAGACCUCGUUUUACAGGCCUUCAAAAAGCACAAGGAUUCAGCGCUAGAACGGCACAGGAAAGAACGCGAAGAGUUACAGGAACGUGAAGAUCGCGAGCGCAAACGUCGUGCGGAACGAGCCGAGGAGGCCAUCAAGGCUAACAUGAAAGGCGAUGAUAUGCCAAACGGCAAUCAAACCUCAGAAACCACUGAAUCACAGCCGUCAAGCACAGAGGUCGAACCGGAGAAACCUGAGCUGGAAAAAGCUGAUUUACCUAAACCAGUCAAGGUUGGCCCUGGUGAUGAUGAAGACGAGGAUGAAGCAGAUAAGGGAAAGCUUAGACCGAACGAAGGCAAUGGUGGUGAUUUACCAAACUAUAGAUGGUUCCAAACCUUGGGCGAAGUAGAUAUUCGAGUGCCCACCAAGGUGAACUAA